GGGAGUUCUGUGAACUCGGGACCGAGUUCAGCGACACAAUAUGUGCAUCUGAAAGGCACGAGCAAGACCAACCAACCGUUCGCUUAGACGGAACUAAGCAAGGAUGAGUGUUACCGUAACCCUAAUGUCUCAUGGACUGUAUUUCCCAGGCUCAAAAGUCGGGGGGAGGGGAGACGCCGUUUAUGGGUGGAAGGACGUAAAAACGGCAACUGGUGAUGCUCGUUACGACACAAGUGGUGGCGACAAUGUGCAAUGUGCUGACAAUUGGACUGUUCCUCCUAAUCGCCGCUUGGACGACGACUUCGGCCGUCCACAAUGAAAAGGCCGUCUUGCGUGGCAUCUCAGAAAAGAUACCCAACAGAGAUGGAAAAUUACUUCCCUACGGUUUGCCCGAGUGCUCGACUCAACAAGUAUGUAACGCAAUGUACAUCCGACUGAACCGAAUUCAAUCCCUAUGUUACUGUCCCAAGACUUAUAGCCUAUCCUGCUCGAACAGAAUGGACUCGGCCGACGAGCACACUAUUAAUUUGAUCGCCGACGAAGCUGGUGUACCGCUGACACUGGUCAAAAUUUGCGAACCAAUUCAUACUGUGAGACCUUGUAAGAAUCCCAAAGACUGGAUGUUACUGGCAUUACAGAGCAGGAGAACAGGAAAAUCCCAUUAUCUAGUCAUAUGUCACUGUCCAUCGUAUGCAUAUUUACAAGGUCCAAUCAAACACAGCAUACCGACCUAUGCUCACAUACCCGGAAUUAAUGUUUAUGGUAUGCUCUGCAAUCAAGGACAUCGUAAAGAAAGACAAUGGCCUAGAGGUCAGGAAAGUAUUAAAAUCUGUAAUCACUAAAUGUUUUUAAAUAGUUUUUUUUUUUAAAUUUACUUAGACAUUAAUUUGAUUAAUGGCAAAAACUUUUUUCUUGCUUAUUAUAAUGAGAGUUUGCAUAAUGUAUAUUUAAUUCUAGAAUAAUAUGGAUAAUUUUAAAUGUAUAGUACUAUUAUACCUGUCACUAACAAGUUUUCCAAGUAAUUAUCUAACCGGAUUAAUGUGCUUCUUUACUAACAAAUUUAAUUAUAAAAAAAAUUUACUUAUUACACAAAAAAAAACUUUUAUAAAAUUUUUGCUUAAUAAGUUGUUUGUUUGAUAAAAAUAUUUUCUAAAGUAAGAAAUUUUAUA